AUGGCACUGGACUGGAAGACAGCGACGCUUGCUCCUGUACCUGGAGAGGAGAGCAUCCAUCUAAGGUACUUUGAUACCGGCGUUCCUGAGGGCGUGAGCGAGCCAUACACGACUAUCAUCGCCAUCCACGGAUUCUCCUCGAAUGCUGGCGCAUGGGCGAACUCUGCCUCGAUCUUCGCCAAAACCGGGUUCAGGUUCAUAGCGCACAACAGGCGGGGAUACGAGGGCUCUAGCGAGUAUUAUGAAGGACCAGUGAAGGAUGCCGUAGGGCGGUACAUGCUCGACCUUGCUGGGUUUGUACGGUUUGCGGUUGACGAGCUGGACAUCCCCUCGAAGGACGCGAGAGGAAGAGGCGGCAUCGUCCUGAUGGGAUGGUCAAAAGGCACGGCGAGCGUCAUGACGUUGCUCUCUCUCCUGGCCUCUCCUCAAGACCCGCCCAUUUCACUGCCAAAGGGGCUCGACCUCUCUCCUUACCUCUCCGUCCUGUACACCCAUCUCAGACAUCUGAUCCUCUUCGAGCCUCCUGGGGAGACGAUCGGCCUUCCUUACACGCCAGACUACGCCGCCGUCAUCCAUUCCUCCAAGCCUUUCCUUCAGGCCUUCCCAGAAUGGCUCAUCCCUACCGUUCCGGAGGAGAAACGGCAUUUGUUGGGCAAGAGCACGGAUGUCAAGAACGCGUUGAAGGACUUUCCUGUAUGGCUCGCGGAGAGGACUGACGAAAAGGAGUGUGCGAGGGUCGCCGAGGUUGGACUGAGGCAUGUCCCGAAGGAGUUUGGGGUGGGGCUCGUCUGGUGCGAGACGAGCAUCCAAUGGUGUCGCGAUACCGGUGCAUGGAUCGCGGAGCGUCUAGGCGACCAGCCCAACACGCUUGUUAAAACCAUCCUCGGCGGGCAUCAUUUCUACAACAUGACCGAUUCUGAGGAGUUUGUGGAGACUAUUGCGGGGUUGAUCAAAGAAUUGGAUACGCGUGUGUACGGGUAGUAUCGGAUCUCUUCAUCAGAGGUCUGUUUGUUUGUCGAGUGAUCUGGGCUGAUAGUUCC